AUGGUCAACUCCUCCACGAAAACUAGCUCAGAUGAGUGCUGUGUAUGGAUGAACAUUGCCAUGGCGCCAAGUGCUUGCAGAGGCAGGACAAGAGAGGCAUCACAUCCUCCCCACAACCCCCUUGCUGCAUCACAUCCUCCCCACAACCCCCUUGCUGCAUCACAUCCUCCCCACAACCCCUUGCUGUAUCACAUCCUCCCCAACAACCCCUUGCUGCAUCACAUCCCCCACAGCCCCUUGCUGCAUCACAUCCUCCCCACAACCCCUUGCAGCAUCACAUCCUCCCCACAGCCCCUUGCUUCAUCACAUCCUUCCCCACAACCCCUUGCAGCAUCACAUCCUUCCCAAAAACCCCUUGCAGCAUCACAUCCUCCCCACAACCCCCUUGCUGCAUCACAUCCUCCCCACAACCCCUUGCUGUAUCACAUCCUCCCCAACAACCCCUUGCUGCAUCACAUCCCCCACAGCCCCUUGCUGCAUCACAUCCUUCCCAACAACCCCUUGCUGCAUCACAUCCUCCCCACCUUGCAGCAUCACAUCCUCCCCACAACCCCUUGCAGCAUCACAUCCUUCCCACAUCCCCUUGCAGCAUCACAUCCUCCCUACAGCCCCUUGCUGCAUCACAUCCUUCCCCAUAACCCCUUGCUGCAUCACAUCCUCCCCCAUAACCCCUUGCAACAUCACAUCAUUCCCACAGCCCCUUGCAGCAUCACAUCCUCCCCACAACCCCUUGCUGCAUCACAUCCUUCCCACAACCCCUUGCUGCAUCACUUCCCCCCCAACAACCCCUUGCUGCAUCACAUCCUUCCCCACAACCCUUUGCAGCAUCACAUCAUCCCCACAACCCCUUGCACCAUCACAUCCUUCCCACAACCCCUUGCUGCAUCACAUCCUUCCCCACAGCCCCUUGCACAUCACAUCCUCCCCACAACCCCCUUGCAGCAUCACAUCCCCCCCCCCCCCCCAACAACCCCUUGCAGCAUCAAAUCCUUCUCCACAACCCCUUGCAGCAUCACAUCCUCCCCACAACCCCCUUGCAGCAUCACAUCCUCCCCACAACCCCUUGCAGCAUCACAUCCUCCCCACAACCCCUUGCAGCAUCACAUUCUCCCCACAACCCCUUGCUGCAUCACAUCCUUCCCCACAACCCCUUGCAGCAUCACAUCCUCCCCACAACCCCUUGCAGCAUCACAUUCUCCCCACAACCCCUUGCUGCAUCACAUCCUUCCCCACAACCCCUUGCAGCAUCACAUCCUCCCCACAACCCCUUGCAGCAUCACAUUCUCCCCACAACCCCUUGCUGCAUCACAUCCUUCCCCACAACCCCUUGCAUUAUCACAUCCUUCCCCACAAUCCCUUGCAGCAUCACAUCCUUCCCCAAAACCCCUUGCAGCAUCACAUCCUCCCCCACAACCCCUUGCUUCAUCACAUCCCCCCCCAACAACCCCUUGCUGCAUCACAUCCUCCCCACAACCCCUUGCUGCAUCACAUCCUUCCCCACAACCCCUUGCAGCAUCACAUCCUCCCCACCUUGCAGCGUCACAUCCUCCCCACCUUGCAGCAUCACAUCCUCCCUACAGCCCCUUGCUGCAUCACAUCCUCCCCACAACCCCUUGCUGCAUCACAUCCUUCCCCACAACCCCUUGCAGCAUCACAUCCUCCCCACCUUGCAGCAUCACAUCCUCCCCACCUUGCAGCAUCACAUCCUCCCUACAGCCCCUUGCUGCAUCACAUCCUCCCCACAACCCCUUGCUGCAUCACAUCCUUCCCACAACCCCUUGCUGCAUCACAUCCUCCCCACAACCCCUUGCAGCAUCACAUCCUCCCUACAGCCCCUUGCUGCAUCCCAUCCUCCCCACAACCCCUUGCUGCAUCACAUCCUCCCCACAACCCCUUGCUGCAUCACAUCCUCCCCACAACCCCUUGCUGCAUCACAUCCUUCCCCACAACCCCUUGCUGCAUCACAUCCUUCCCCAUAACCCCUUGCAGCAUCACAUCCUUCCCCACAACCCCUUGCUGCAUCACAUCCUUCCCCACAACCCCUUGCUGCAUCACAUCCUUCCCCACAACCCCUUGCAGCAUCACAUCCUUCCCAAAAACCCCUUGCUGCAUCACAACCUCCCCACAACCCCUUGCUGCAUCACAUCCUCCCUACAACCCCUUGCUGCAUCACAUCCUCCCCACAACCCCUUGCUGCAUCACAUCCCCCCUACAACCCCUUGCUGCAUCACAUCCUCCCCACCUUGCAGCAUCACAUCCUCCCCACCUUGCAGCAUCACAUCCUCCCCACCUUGCAGCAUCACAUCCUCCCUACAUCCCCUUGCUGCAUCACAUCCUCCCCACAACCCCUUGCUGCAUCACAUCCUUCCCCACAACCCCUUGCUGCAUCACAUCCUUCCCCACAACCCCUUGCAGCAUCACAUCCUUCCCCACAACCCCUUGCUGCAUCACAUCCUUCCCCACAACCCCUUGCUGCAUCACAUCCUUCCCCACAACCCCUUGCAGCAUCACAUCCUUCCCAAAAACCCCUUGCUGCAUCACAACCUCCCCACAACCCCUUGCUGCAUCACAUCCUCCCUACAACCCCUUGCUGCAUCACAUCCUCCCCACAACCCCUUGCUGCAUCACAUCCCCCCUACAACCCCUUGCUGCAUCACAUCCUCCCCACCUUGCAGCAUCACAUCCUCCCCACCUUGCAGCAUCACAUCCUCCCCACCUUGCAGCAUCACAUCCUCCCUACAUCCCCUUGCUGCAUCACAUCCUCCCCACAACCCCUUGCUGCAUCACAUCCUUCCCCACAACCCCUUGCUGCAUCACAUCCUUCCCCACAACCCCUUGCAGCAUCACAUCCUUCCCCACAACCCCUUGCUGCAUCACAUCCUUCCCCACAACCCCUUGCUGCAUCACAUCCUUCCCCACAACCCCUUGCAGCAUCACAUCCUUCCCAAAAACCCCUUGCUGCAUCACAACCUCCCCACAACCCCUUGCUGCAUCACAUCCUCCCUACAACCCCUUGCUGCAUCACAUCCUCCCCACAACCCCUUGCUGCAUCACAUCCCCCCUACAACCCCUUGCUGCAUCACAUCCUCCCCACCUUGCAGCAUCACAUCCUCCCCACAUUGCAGCAUCACAUCCUCCCCACCUUGCUGCAUCACAUCCUCCCUACAACCCCCUGCUGCAUCACAUCCUCCCCUCAACCCCUUGCUGCAUCACAUCCUUCCCCACAACCCCUUGCAGCAUCACAUCCUCCCCACCUUGCAGCAUCACAUCCUCCCUACAGCCCCUUGCUGCAUCGCAUCCUCCCACAACCCCUUGCAGCAUCACAUCCUCCCUACAACCCCUUGCAGCAUCACAUCCUCCCCACCUUGCAGCAUCACAUCCUCCCCACCUUGCAGCAUCACAUCCUCCCUACAUCCCCUUGCUGCAUCACAUCCUCCCCACAACCCCUUGCUGCAUCACAUCCUUCCCCACAACCCCUUGCAGCAUCACAUCCUCCCCACCUUGCAGCAUCACAUCCUCCCUACAGGCCCUUGCUGCAUCGCAUCCUCCCACAACCCCUUGCAGCAUCACAUCCUCCCUACAACCCCUUGCUGCAUCACAUCCUCCCCACAACCCCUUGCAGCAUCACAUCCUCCCCACAACCCCUUGCUGCAUCACAUUGAACUUAUCAAGAAGAAACUGUAG